CAAGCUGCCAUAAAACAACCAGAGAAAAAGAAGAAGGAGAAGAAGCUGUACAGUAGUGGAGAUUCUCUGGUUCUACAGCUGGAGUGUUUUUGGGGGGUUUGGUUCCACAUCUCUGGAGGAACAGGAUCAGCUGAUCUAUAGAAGAAUGAAUGUCGCAGUGGUUCAAGUCUUCUCCUGCUUCUAGUGAUUUUCCUACGUUGCUGAAGUUUAUCUCCACAAUUUACCAAUAAUCUGGACUUUUCACAAGGAUAUAGAAUAGAAUAUUAAGAAGAAUUUUCUAGAAGAAUUUUCAAUACCUGCAGAAGCUGUUUGCGACGUUUAGCGGACAAAUGAAGCCAGAUCCAGAUGUGGAGAAAACCCACCACUGCUCAGACUGUGGGAAGAGUUUUGCUAAAGAGAGUUAUCUAAAAAUUCACCAGCACAUUCACACUGGAGUGAAACCGCAUCACUGCUCAGAGUGUGGAAAGAGUUUUACUAAACAGGGUGAUUUCAAAAUACAUCAGCGCAUUCACACAGGAGUGAAACCGUAUCAGUGCUCAGACUGUGGGAAAAGUUUUACUCAACAUAGUAAUCUCAGUGCACAUCGGCGCAUUCACACUGGAGAGAAACCAUUUUACUGUUCAGAGUGUGGGAAGAGUUUUCCUCUGCAGGGUACUCUCAAAACGCACCAACGCCUUCACACCGGAGAGAAACCGUAUCAGUGCUCAGACUGCGGGAAGAGUUUUACUCAAUUGAGUAAUCUCAACAUACACCAGCGCGUUCACACUGGAGAGAAACCGUAUCAAUGCCCAGAUUGCGGGAAGAGCUUUACUACUCAAACCUAUUUCAAAAUACACCAGCGCAUUCACACAGGAGAGAAACCGUACUGCUGUAAGGAGUGCGGGAAGGAUUUUAAAGACCUUGGUCCUCUCAAAAUGCAUCAGCGCAUUCAUACAGGGGAGAAACCGUAUUACUGCUCAGAGUGCGGGAAGAACUUUACAGAUCUGGGUGCUCUCAAAUCGCACCAGCGCAUUCACACUGGAGAGAAACCGUAUUAUUGCUCGGAGUGCGGAAUGAGCUUCAGGUAUUUAAAUAAAUUAAAGAAACAUGAGUGCACCAACAUCACUCCUUCAACCAGCCCAGGAUCCAACCCAGAUCUUAAAGUAGAGGAAAUAAUCGCCAACUGAAGACAACCCUAUAACCUCCUGUAACACUUUUAUAAUUGAUUGUUUUAAAAAUGCAUAAAAUGCAUAUUCAUAUGAUAUUUAUGAUAUUUAAUAUGUAAUCUCUUUAGCUUUAGCUGUGUCACAAUAAGACAAAUCCAUUUGGAGUUGAGUGUUUUGCAGGGGACUGAGAUGUUCUGCAGGUUUUAGAAUAACUGAGAGUAAAAGUGAAAAAGCUUGUUAAUAAAAUUAUAUAUGGACAAUGAAACUGAAACACCUGGUUUUAGAGCACAAUAAUUGAUUGUGGUGACGGACAGUUCUGGUGGAAACAGGAGAGUUGAGGUGAACAUUGAAUUCUGCGUGAUUUGAUCAGCCAUGGUUUUAUGUUUUUUGGAUACAAUCCGGGUUAGCACCCGAACAUCCCUUUCAGACAGCUUCCUCUUACAGCGUCCACAGUUAAUCCUGUUGGAUGUGGUUGGUUCAUCUUGGUGGUAUGCUGACAUUACCCUGGAUACCGUGGCUCUUGAUGCAUCACAAAGACUUGCUGUCUUGGUCACAGAUGCGCCAGCAAGACGUGCACCAACAAUUUGUCCUCUUUUGAACUCUGGUGUGUCACCCAUAAUGUUGUGUGCAUUGCAAUAUUUAGAGCAGAACUGUGCUCUUACCCUGCUAAUUGAACCUUCACACUCUGCUCUUAAUGGUGCAAUGUGCAAUUAAUGAAGAUUGAACACCAGGCUGCUCCAAUUUAGACAUGAAACCUCCCACACUAAAAACCUCCCACACAGGUGUUUCAGUUUCAUUGUCCAACACCUGUAUGUAUAUGUGUAUAUAUAUAUAUAUAUAUAUAUAUAUAU